CAACCCUCAGUCAUGUAUACACCCCGAUACUCCUUUUUCUGGCUUUCGUCGCUCGUCUGCGCUCUUGAGAAGCACUUGCUCCUUCGAGGGUAUUAACAUUACCAGUACAUACCCAAUUGCUUGCGUCAUGGCAUCGAUUGCGUUUCCCUCGCUCGCGAAGAAGGCAAAGCUCUCUGAUGGCACCACCUAUGGCUGGGUCACCUUAGCACCAUCGCUACCGUCCAAGGUCACCUUUCUUUUGCUUCACGGGUACCCGUCAUCUUGUUAUGAUUGGCGUCAUCAGAUCGAUGGUCUCCGGAAGGCUGGAUACGGCGUGAUCGCCCCCGACUUGCUGGGGUACGGGGAUACCGACAAACCGACUGACCCGAGCGCCUAUCGAACGAAGGCCAUGUGUGCUCAUAUGGUUGAGAUCCUGGACAUGGAGAGCCUUGAUCGUGUGAUAGCUGUGGGACAUGAUUGGGGUGUAGCUCUAGUCUCUCGCCUUGCUACCUACCAUCCUAGCCGUUUCUAUGGCAUUGUAACGGUCGGCGUUUCUUACCUCGAACCAGGGUUUGUGUGGGAUAUUGAUGCCAUACACGAGCUUUCCAAAAGCGUUGUCGGCUACGAGACGUUUGGAUACUGGGAGUGGCACAACACCGAGCAAGCGGCGGUUGACAAUAACGAGCACCCGGCCUCAGUCUUCAACCUGCUCUAUCCACAUGAUCCAGCUCUGUGGAAGACCGAUUUUGCCCCCGUCGGAAAAGCCGCUGAGUUCGUGCGCGCGGGCAUCACCACUCCCCUCCCCACGUGGUUCACUCUAUCCGAGUACACCACGCGGGAUAGGAUCUUCUCGGCAGGCGGCUAUGCUGGUCCUUUGUGUUGGUAUAAAGCGGCCAUGCGCGGCGUCAACGCCGAAGACGAGGCCGAUAUGUCGGAGGAGGACAAGCUGUGCCCGCUGCCGAAUUUGUUCGUGGCGGCGAAGCAGGACUACGUUUGCAGAGCGGACCUGCAGAGCACGAUGGCUGAGAAAUCGGUGCCUAAGCUGCGGGUCGAGCAGGUUGAUUGUGGUCAUUGGGUGCAGCUGGAAGUGCCGGAGGUGUUGAAUCGGUUGCUGGUUGAGUUUGUAGAAGAAUUGACAUGAGGUUAUCUCUACACGCUGAGGUUAGAAGUGCAUGCGUGAAGAGACUGCGGGGUUAGCUUCUGCUUGGAAGGCAAGAGGAAUUAUGUCAGAUCUGUGUCUAUCUCUACUUACGGAUGGAAACACAUGGAUGCGG